AUGCAGCACUACGUUGACGGCCUCCUUGCCUCCAUCCUCCUCCAGUUUUGUGUCAACAGCGGUGUGCCGCGUGUCAUCAACAUGUUCAAGACACAACAGGACCCCAUCGAGUUAAUCGAGCUGAUCCCAAUCAUGUGGUUCGUUCAAUACCUCGUCGUGCCUCUAGUAGUCUGGACAGUCGACUGUGUCCUCCGCCGGAGAUCCCUCGCUUCCUGGGCCGUCGCCCCCUUUACCGCCCUCUUCCGCUACACUUGCCUCGUUGGAGGUCUCUCCGUCAUUGCCUACACCGUCCUCAUUAACUCCUGGGUUCGCCCUCAGUGGGAGAACGCUUUGGGAGCAGAUAUCAAGGAAAACAACCCCGACAUGGAUACAAGGUCGAUUGCUAUCACGCUGAGUGUCUUUGGUGCCACCUGCGGUACCCUUAUCUGGGUCACCUUCUUGUUCAUGAAGGAUGUUGGCUUUAUUCUUCGCGGCGUCCUCUUCCGUGGCUAUAUCAAGAAGCAGAAGGCUCAAUAA